AUGAAAGCUAAAGCCUCCUAAAUUUCUCCAGAUAAAUUAUAUGCUUCACUUCUAAAAAGGAAAAGUGAGCAAGAAUAAUAAGCCCGAUUGAAGUCACCAAUCGUAAAUGCAAACAAAUAUCUAGUACCCAGCAAUAGGAAUGGAGGUGGCAAUUCAAAAAUUGAAGCCAAAAAAUCAAGGCCAGCCAGUGGAAAGGAUUUCAAAGAUGUUAGCAGUGUAUUACUCAAAAAAACUCAUGCACGUUAGAACAGCAAAUUAAUUGAAACCAAAGAAAAUUCACAUAACUUAUCUGCCAAUGCCUUGUCAAUCUUAUUAAAAAUCAAGCAGGAGAGGCCUGAAACUAAAUAACCUGUAAUUUAGUAAAACAAAGAUCUAUUCAAUCAACAAGGCAUUUCUAAAAAAUACCAGAAAUUAAUGGAAAUGACUAAGCAACAAUAACAAUCCAUAGUUAAAUCGAAAUUAUUUAAAGGACCUCGUUCAAUUAGUAAUCCUGAUAUUUCAAACUUGCACCUCUAUAUAGCAAAAGCAAAUGGAUUGAGUGCUCCUGGAAUGCUUUACAAUGGUUAAACUAAAACCAAUUAGGACAUCUACAAACUAAUCAACAAAUUUAACAACAAAGAAAAUGAUUGGUAUAUUUAAGUUUCAGAUGGACAUGGCACAAAUGGCCACUAAGUAGCUCAAUUCCUACAAUAAGUAUUACCUUCCUUCAUUGAAUAAGGAAUCUAGGCCAUUUCAUCCUGUUAUGAUAGAGAUAAAUAAGUUAACACAAUCCUCAAAAACUGUUUUUUAUAAACCAAUGAAGAAUUACUUGAAAGUGGAAUUGAUGUCACUUACUCAGGUGCAACCACUGUAACAGUAAUCUCCUUUGAAAAUGUAUUAUACUGUGCCAAUAUUGGUGAUAGUAGAGCAGUUAUAGGAAGAUUCGAUAAUAAAUUGUCGGUAAUUGAAUUGUCGAAAGAUCAUAAACCUGAUUGUUUUCUAGAGUAAGCCAGAAUCAUUCAAAGAGGAGGUCGUGUGCAAGCAUAUAGUGAUGAAGAUGGCAAUCCAGUUGGACCUGCUAGAGUUUGGAAAUCUGAUGAGGAUGUCCCUGGUUUAGCUAUGUCAAGAAGUUUUGGUGAUUAUGUUGCUAGUUAAGUUGGUGUGAUUUGUGAGCCUGAAAUAAUAAAACAUUCACUUUUGCCUUUGUGA